AUGACAACUGUUGAGGACACUACAACCACAGCUCCUGCCACGACAACUGCUGCCGACCCUACGACCACAGCUGCCACGACAAUUGCUGCGGACACUACAACGAUUGACAUACCCCUUACAACCACUACAACAACUAACAGUACCCCCUAUACUGAGGGCAUUACAACCACUACAACAACUGACAGUACCCCUUAUACUGAGGGCAUCACACGUACAACAACUGACAGAACCCCUUAUACUGAGGCCAUUACAACUACAACUGACAUUACCCCUUAUAGUGAGGGAAGUACAAUUACUACAACAACUGGCAGUACCCCUUAUACUGAGGCCAUUUCAAGUACAACAACUAACAGUACCCCUUAUACUGAGGGCAUCACACGUACAACAACUGACAGUACCCCUUAUACUGAGGGCAUCACAAGUACAACUAACGGUACAACUUAUACUGAGGGCAUCACAAGUACAACAACUAACGGUACAACUUAUACUGAGGGCAUCACAAGUACAACAACUAACGGUACAACUUAUACUGAGGGCAUUACAAUCACUACAACAACUGAAGGUACAACUUAUACUGAGGGCUUUACUGGCACUACAACCACUGCUAGUACGACCACAACGACCACCGAGACAACUACCACUACAAGGUUGCCAUGUAAGAAAGGCUGCAGGAGAGGACGCAGACUGUUACUUCAGGUCAUGCAGAGGGCGUUUCGUGGCUGCGAUAGGCCAUGAAUCGCAUCAAGAAGUUGCUUCUGUUUCUUGAACCGGGAGCUCCUUAAUUCUAAAGAUUUGAUGUGUUCCAAAUAAAGGAAAUAAAAAAGAACAGUUAG